AUGAAAGAAAACAAGACUGCAAUGCAUAAAAAAAAGUCUUCCAUCACUGAUGACCGAAAAACGAGCGUUGCCAAAAAUCCCUUUCUUUUACUGGAAUUUGACGAGGAAAAUUACGACUCGAGUGCCGAACCAGUCUCGAGCGUCGACGAAAUACCGGAAACAUCUCUGACCGCACCAGUGCCGCCAAACCAGUCUAGAAGUGGCGGAGUUACUUUUAAAAAAGUUGCCAAGGCCAUUACCAAACAAAGGAAAUGGUCCACGGUACUGAAGGUGAGUUGCAAAUCACGGCGUCUUAAUCAGACUUCGCCUUACCAAGACUAACAAAGAAUUUAUUUAUCGGAUCAACGCGAUCCGACAGUUGUGGUUCCACCUAAACACUUUUUUUUGCCUAUUUUUGUAAAAUACUUGGAGCCAGUUCCACAGUUAGCGUGAGUAGUAGUAAUCCUGCAAUAUCUGAAUGCUAGGGUAUCUUUUUCUGCACACUGAGCUAAGUCAGGUAGUUAAAGGCACCUAACACCCAACUCACUGAGAAUGUACUUUAAAGUGAUUCAAUAGGAACAUACCUGAUGAUAUAAUCACUCAAAAAAAAAAAAAAAAAAAAAAAAUAAUAAUAAUGGGAUCAGUUAUCAGUGGACAUUCUACGAGCUGGCUCUUCAUGUCCACUGUUUCCAGGUCGAUUGGGAAACGAUGUACAUUUAUGCUGAAAGUCGUGAAAUGCGACUUAACUCGUGCAAAAAUAUAAUUUGGUACAUAUUGCCGAUGGCUGGUUUGUUCACAAAGUAAGGAGGUAUGAGACAGCCAUAAUUUUUGGCGUGCAUGUAUUCAUCACCAAUCAACCCUUUUCUCAAACGCGUAGUUUCAGAAAAAGGAACCUUUUAUUUUUAUUAACCGAAGUGAGAAGAAACAAAUCUAGAAAUUAAAUCGUUUUUGGGCAGGUUUUUUUAAAGCAAUAUAUUUAAGUAGUCUCAGCGCUGUACGGCUCAAUCGACCUAAAUCACGUAUGGUCUGAUUUUCAUGCUGACUUUCCCGUUACAGGAAGUACGUCAAUCCGAUGACCAUACUCGUGCUCGAGGAUUUGUUGCUAAUCCCGAAGACGGAGAAGGACGUCUGAGUUUCAAUGUUAAUGGUAAGUUAGCUGACCUGUAGUUAACAACAUUUCAGGCUCAAAUACCCCCACUUUCCAAUACUACUCCAAUUUCCUAUAUUAACUGUAUACUAAGCGCCAUGCGAUUGGUCAGUGGCUAUGAUCUAUUGGAGUACAAACUCUAGGAUAACGUAAUUUAAAAUUGUUUUCAUUUUUUUGUUUUGUCCAACAUGACGCUCAAGUUUGAAUAUGUUUUUAAGAUUUUCACCAAAGAAGGGAAGGCCUCGCAGAGAGGUAAUUUAUGCUGUUUAAGCGCAAGGUAUAAUAGGAAACCGAUAUCCAAAGCCUGUUGGUGCUUUCAGAUAUACCUGGACGGAUACAAAUCUCCGAACAAGAGGGAGGAUCCAUUUUAAGAACUAUUUAUUUCUCAAAUCAGUGAAAAGUUGGUUUUUAAUUUUCCAUCAGUAUUCUUUCCCUUUUUUAUCUUAAAGCUUUUAAAUCUCACGUCCAGUCUUGUGGCUUUUUAUCACCGGCUGUGAAGGAAACACUCAGAGCUCUGUCCUGGAGUAGGACCGAAGAGGAAGUCGAAGUGGUCUUGCAAGUUGUGAAAAAGUUGAAAUGCUUUGGCCGCUAUCCUAUGUACGUCAAAAGGGAACUAGCCAAAGUAUUGUACUACGACAUGUUUGAGAAAGGGAGGGUGGUCAUAAAACAAGGUUAGUGUAAAGUGAUUGACUCUCGUGGGGCACGGGGGAGGGAAGGAGGGUACUUAUAGAAAUUUUAUACGGGGAUCAGUGCUCCCCUUCUGCUUUAGUUCAUAACCCUUUGUGUAUACAGGGGGUAAGUUUCUAAAGAAACUGUGGUGCUGCGUCGGUGGGAGAGUAUAACAGGGUAAUUUAGUAUUAUCAGUUGAGUUGAUAACAUAAACUGGCCAUCGUAAAGGGUUUCAAUGCUGACGUUUCGAGCGUUAGCGCUUCCUCAUCGCUUUGACGAUUGCAAAAGCGUUGACACCUAACAACAGUUCGGCAGUAAUGAACGAUGAGACCCAACGGCUUCAUCGGUACGCAUUUACAUGAUAACCACAAUUAGUUGCACGUUGUAUAUGACAGAAGCUACCCACGCUUUCCUGAAAGAAAAAAAUUAUCAUAAACAACGAUCAUGAAUAAUGAAUACCACUGAUUAUGUAACUGUGCAAACAUUUUCCAUAGAGGCAUUAGGUCUUAUCAUUCAUUGAUCGCGUUUUUUAGUUGUCAACGUAUUUGACAUCGAGUGUAUCGUAAAAUUCUUCAUGACAAUCUCUCGUAAGCUUAGAUGACAAUCACUGGAACCAGUUCCAUCCUGGAGUAUGUCAUAAUGCAAAUGGGAGGCAAAAACAGGCAUCGUUUGGGUUACGAACGGAGCGUCGGAAAUUAACUUUUUCACUCAACUGAGCUUUCCUCCAAACAGACUCGAUGGAUUAGCAUUUUGUUUGGCACCUGGUUAUUCACUAACCCCUUUAAUCCGUACUCGCUACAAGGUGCUCAGUUGAAAAACUCAGAUUGACUGUUACUUAAAUAUUUCUUUCUUGCCUUGAUUGACAUCGCAAAGCAGACAUGGACUGGUUUUCCCGUUACAGACAAUGAGUGCGGUCCUUAAAAUCGGCUAUCGCUACUUCGGAGACUCAUGUUUUCAAAUCAUUUUCAAUUUGUUCUCGUCUGUCGUAAUCGAAAUAAUAUAAUAGUGUGUAGUUUGUGUUCUAAACAUCAGUCAGAUCUGCUUUUGAACUUAGUACGUUUAGACUAAUAGCUUUGAACUAGACAGAAGUUAAUUGUUUAAAAACAAUGUACUUUACCCCCGCGUUUGUUCUUUAGGACACGUUGGUGUUUCUUUUUAUUUUAUUGUGUCCGGUUCAGUGAUCGUGGAAAGAAUGGAAGAAGACAAAUUCACUGGUGAACAACAUAAACAGGUCUGUCAAAGGAAACUUCUUAGUAUCAAAUUACCGGGAUAUAUGCCCUCUCCCCCCGUCACUUCCCCAUCCCUCUGUUGUAGGCUCAUACAAUCCAAAAAGCUAUUUCACUGACGAAGUCGUAUUCCUCUGGUGACCCUCUUCCCACCCCUUAGUUGACUUAACACUCUAAUGAUGUCCCAUUCUCCCUGCAGUAUGACAAAUUAUUUUAACUUCCUCAUCAAACACUGGGAAAAGGGGAAAACCUUGGUUAUACACGACUGAAGACCUGAGAUCAAAGUCUGACCUCAAAUUUUUAUGACUAAAGGAGGUAAUUUUUUUUAAGAAACUUCGGUAAUGCGCCGGUGGGGGGUGAUGUAAGAUACUUUGGUUUUAUCAAUUGAACUGAGUUGAUAACAUAAACUGUAAAGAGUUUCUAAAGCUGACGUUUCAAGCGCUAGCAGCUUCGUCAGAGCGAAUCGCCGGUUACAGACAGAGUACUUAACUCUGUGUGAUAUUCUUAGAAGUCGGAUUUCUUGCUUAAUUAUGAUUGAAAUUAUCCUCAUAACAGGUCGUGGGAGAAAUGGCAGAGGGAGAUGCUUUCGGAGAGCUUGCUUUGCUUCAUAACAUAAGGAGAACAGCCACUAUCAUAUGCAAAGAAAACUCGGAAUUCCUGAGGGUUGACAAGCCUGACUUUGAUGAGGUCAGCCAAUUAUCAUAGCCUUUGUUUCUUGAAUUAAGAAAUUGAAAAAAGAAAAUCAAACCACCACAUCGGUUUCGUAAAAAAAAGUCAGCAAAGAGAACCAGAGAUUACGAAAUCACUUUUGUUACAAUCGUGAUCAACAGCUUUCAUUAUGAUUUCAUCCCUUCCUGUUUCUACCCAUUCCUUGAAAGAUAGGUUCACAAGCCGCCUGACGUAGGACAGAAGUAUAUUUAUAUAAAAAAAGUUUGACAACGGCCGAAAAAAAUUUUUUGGCGUAGGUUUGGCACUUUUUUCAGGUAACUCAUUGGCUUUGCUUUUGGUUUGUUUGUUUCCUCUUCAGGUUCUGAGAAACAGUCAUCAGAUCGAGUGGGAGAGAAGACUGUCCAUACUUAAUUCUCAACCCAUUCUAAAAGAGUGGGAAAAAACUGAAAUCAGAAAUACAGUUGCACAUACAAAGAUCAGAGAGUUUCCUCCAAAUACGGUAGGUACUGCUAUGUCAGCUGGGAGACCAGCCUCGCCUCAAUGCAUUUGGCGUACACUUGGGAACGAAGUACAAGGACGGGGGACUAUUUACAAAUGCGAAGUAUGAGGGACAAUUGAAAGCAAAAGUAACACAAUACCUUUUUCCCUUGCGCACCCACUGAGUUUUUAGCUAAGAGAAUGGAGAGACAUCUGUGUCAGAAGCAGUUUUAAGAGCGUGCUUGUGAUUUGUAAUUUGCACUUUGAGCGAUAUCCCAAAAUGCGGCUACGGACGUAUAACUGACAGGCUACCAACAGAUCACCAGUUGGCCUUUGCAAGUCUGUUGACCGUUGGCCAACAGUCAACCGCUGGCCAACAGUCCACCGUUAAGCAGCCGACUUGUGAUAGCCAAUUGGUAACCUGUUGGUAAGCUGUCAGUUUUAUGUCGGUGGCCUGUUGGUUAUCUGUUGGCCGACGGGUUUUUUCAGGGAGUUGUUCUCCUCAAUUACCCUACACAGAACACUGUUGAUUUGUUAUUUAUUUUAGGUUAUUCUGGGCGAUAUGGACGUACCUGCUGAUGACGUGUACCUCAUUCAAUCUGGAAAAUGUAGAGUAGUCAGAGAGAUAACAAUGAUCAAGAAAGAAUCGUCCUUUGGUAAAAUCCAGCUGAAAUUACCGCCCAUUAACUUUAAUGAAAACAACAUUGACAACAAUGUAAAGGAACGUGUAGUCAGAAAGUUUCUCAGUGUACAUAUGUUAAGCAAAGGAGACUUCUUUGGAGUAGGUGAGGAUUUGAAGAAGACUUUUAUCAUCUCAGUUGGAAGGGUGAGUGAAUUAGAGGCAGAUGGAAAUUCUAUAGCAUGGCUCAAAACUCUGUGUAAGCCGUUGCAAGAUUAGGAUAUUUCUACUGGAUUCAUUUUGUGAUGGGAAACAGAAUGUCCAAUCAACAUGUAGGUCAGUUAAACACCAAUAAAACAUAUCCAAAGUUUAGUUUUAGUACCCUAGAAACCUUGUUCCUGUGUAAAAAAUGAAUGUCAGAGUAAAAUUGUGGCCUCAAUGUCCAACAGGUACACUGUCUGCUGAUUAGUCAACUCAUCUUCAUGAAAAAGGAGAGAGGAAAAAGCCUGGAGGCCAUGAAACAGGGAAUGAACCAAGCAUUUCUAACUCACAAACAAGCAUUCAAGACUUACACUGAUGAUAGAGACUGGAAAAUUUAUAAAAAGAAACUUGUUGAUGAAAUUGUGAGGAGAAGAAAGAGGCCACAUUCUACAACAUAUGACGAUGUUCCUAUUGUUGUGAGAGUUGAAAACAGCCACUACUUUGAAAAAUAA